AUGCCCGACGACAUCCCACGCACAUCAACGCUGCCCCAGGUGUCAGCGUCAACCUCCAAACAUCCCCCGGCUGCUUCCAACACCCGCAACGACGUCACCAUGUGCGCCAAGUCGACAGCUUUUGCCACGGGCAUCAAUCCCACCAGUUCCCCUCCCGGGCAUGCCGUGCGCCGUUCCAAGACCGCGGACGAGGGCUCCUUGCCGCGACGAAAGUCCUAUACGAGCAGAUCCGAGGCAUCACUCGACGGCAUGCUCUCCGGCCCGGCCCGGCGGGGCUCCAACUUCUCUGAAUACAGCCUGAGCGAGGCACGCGAUAUACUCAACCCCAGAGCCCAGGCCAGUCAGGAACUGCCAAGUCCGGAAUCCUCGUCCCUGGCUUCGUUGUCGUUGGCGUUUGCUUUGCUGCCGGCCAUCGCGGGGGCCCUGUUCAAAAAUGGCCACUCCGUCAUCACAGACGUCAUGCUGCUCGGUCUGUCUGGCGUCUUCCUUCACUGGUCCGUGACACAGCCAUGGACCUGGUAUCAUGCAGCCCAGCAAGUUCGCAUACACCAAGAGGCAGAUGCAGAAACUGCCGUCGAGGACGAUGUCCAUUACCCUACGUCUGCCCACGCCACUCGCAAAGCUGCCGACCUGGACAACGUCCCUGAAGAAGAGGAGGAGGAGGAAGAGAAAGAGGAAUCGCGACACCAAAAUAACUCGCCGACGGCGGCGCAAUCCAAGAUGGGAGGAGACCUUGGCGGCACAACGCCCCAGCAACAAGCAGCUCUCCGAGAACUACACGUGCACGAGGUGUUGGCCCUCCUUUCGUGCUUCCUGUUACCCCCCCUGAGCGCAUACCUACUCCAUCACAUCAGGGCGCAACUCAGCCGACCAUCAGAAGGACUCGUCUCCAACUACAAUCUCACCAUCUUCCUCCUCAUAUCUGAGCUGCGGGCCUUUUCGCAUGCCCUCAAGCUCGUACAGUCGAGAACUCUUCACCUGCAAAGAGUCAUCCACGGGAACCCUUUUGCGUCGCCGGCCCACACAGGCGCACAGAUCGAAGACGUGACGGAGCGACUGAGCAGACUCGAAGCACGAUCCCUAGCCGACGAAUUCGUCCGACAGCACAGCGACGGUCUCGACCCAGGGCAGGCAGAGCAAAAGGCCACCAUGGCGCGGGAUGUGCGCAACGCGAUCCAGCCGGAACUCGACGCGCUCAACCGAGCCGUCCGGCGAUACGAAAAGAAGGCAACCAUGCUUCAGUACCAGACGGAUUCUCGAUUCCUAGCGCUCGAUUCGCGAAUGGACGAUGCAAUUGCGCUCGCCGCAGUGGCCGCCAAGAACAGUAGCUCCAAGACGGUCCUCACGAGGGCAACCGAGGCAAUUGUUGCCAUUCUCCUGCUCCCCUUUCACACCAUUCUCCAAGCCAUCACGCUACCACUCCGGCCGCUCCUGGCUUUGAUCCAUCUCACGAAGAAGGCUCCAGGGGCCGCGGAACCAGGCCGCGCGACGAGGAGCGCCAAACAGUCGUCACCCAGAUACAGCGGCGACAGGGUGCCGCCUCGUGUCAUGAAGAGAUGA